GGGGUGUACAGGAUGUAGAGCAAGGCAGGACAGAGAGGGAGGGGAUGACUCACACAGGAAGGUCUUGCUGAGGAUCCUGGCUCCCACCUCAGUCCGCGUGUCAUUAUCUUCGAUGCCCUGCUAGCAGACCUGGAAAACACCAGCUCCCACAUUUCCAAGAGACCCGCAGUGCUCGCAGACACGCCGACAUCUCGCCCCAUGGAUUCAGGGACCAUCUGCCCCUCGAUCAUUCACAGCGACGGUCACCGGAGGGGCCCAGCAGGUUCCCAACAGCCUCCUCCUCCAGCUUACACACCCCAACAGACUGUGAGUGCGGCGCAGUCAGAGCUCAAUCGGUCAGGCCUGGGCAGUGGGGAAAAGGAUCAUCUCUACAGCACCGUCUGUAAACCCAAGGCCGGGGAGCAGGCACCGCCCGGCAAUUCGACCAUGGUAGGCAGCGGCCUCUCCGAGCUGGAUCGCUUACUACAGGAGCUCAACACUGCCCAGUUCAACAUCACAGAUGAAAUCCUGGCCCAGUUCCCCCCCAGGAAAAGCGGCCGGGGGCCGGGAAGGGACGAGGGAUCCGGGCCUGGGCUCCGGCCUCACCGACGGGGGGACCGCCCCGAAGCCGGUUGCGGGGGCAGUGGAGGAGGAGGUGACAACGAAGGAGAUGGGGAGUGGGCCGCACGGCUUCAUUGGAGCUUCGACCCCGCAGGAGCAAUCUAAAACCUCAGCGACGUCAGCA